UUUUCUCUGGGGCCUUGGGAGCAGAAACCGAGGGAAAACAACACUUCAGGCUUGGCAUCAUCCCGUCGCAUCCAUAUGCUACUACUCUGACUAUAUAUCCACCCAUGACCCAUCCAGCACUUCCAAGACACUGUAGGCCCCGUAGUCCUUUUCUCUCUUCGUCCUCCUCUGGACAAGCCUAGCCUAGCCUAGCUAGUAGCAAUGGCUAGAGCACCGCUGCAUCUUCUUCUCGCCGCGCUGUGCGCCAUCUCCUUCGCCGCCGCCGCCGCCAAUGCAGCGGGGAGGAAGAUGGUGGGCGUGUACGAGCUCGGCAAGGGAGAUUUCUCCGUCAAGGUGACCAACUGGGGCGCCACCGUCACCUCCGUCGUCUUUCCUGAUUCCAAAGGGAAUUUGGGGGAUGUUGUCCUCGGCUACGACACCAUUGCUGAAUAUGUUAAUGGAUCUGCUUACUUCGGAGCGCUUGUCGGACGAGUAGCCAACAGAGUUGCCAACGCGCGCUUCGUGCUCGAUGGAAAAGUUUACCACCUAUAUGCUAAUGAUGGCAAGAACGCACUUCAUGGUGGUCACAGGGGCUUCAGCAAAGUUAUAUGGACGGUGAAGGAACAUGUUAGUGGUGGUGACACCCCACACAUCACACUAUACUACCACAGCUUUGACGGAGAACAAGGGUUCCCCGGGGCUCUGGACGUGUACGUGACGUACGAGCUGUCGAGCCCGUACGUGCUGAGCGUGCGCAUGAAGGCGACGGCGCUGGACAAGGCGACGCCGGUGAACCUGGCGCAGCACACGUACUGGAACCUAGGCGGGCAGGGCAGCGGCGACGUCCUGGGCAACACGAUCCAGCUCUUCGCGUCCCAUUACACGCCCGUGGACUCCACGCUCAUCCCGACGGGGCAGGUCGCGCCGGUGGCCGGCACGCCCUACGACCUCCGGGCGCCGACCGCCGUGGGCGCGCACAUCCACCAGGUCUCCGGCGGCAGCUCCAACGGCAGCACCAUCUACGGCUACGACAUGAACUACGUCGUGGAUGGGGACGAGCACGCGCUGCGGAAGGUGGCGGCCGUCCGGGACGGCGCGUCGGGGCGGGGCCUCGAGCUGUGGGCAGACCAGCCCGGGGUGCAGUUCUACACCGGCAACUUCCUCAAGGACGUCAAGGGGAAGGGCGGCAAGGUGUACGAGGAGUACGGCGCGCUGUGCCUCGAGACUCAGGGGUUCCCCGACGCCGUGAACCACCCUGGUUUCCCGUCGCAGAUUGUGAGACCUGGGCAGGGGGCGUACAAGCAUGACAUGGUGUUCAAGUUCUCGUUCUAGCGAGCCAAGUACAGCACUAGUUUAGGCAGCUUCAGUCGGUUGAUCGGUCUCCUGGAUUUGGUCACGUUGUUGGUGCUUCUAGGAGCAAUAAAAGCCCGGGUUCGAUGUGAGUUCGAAAAGAGAGCAAAAGUUGAUCUCGCUUC